UCAAUGUUGCCGAUUGGCUGAUGAUAAUAUUCGUAAAAUUAUUUCGAAUCACACGUAAAAAAAUGGAACAAAAUCCAAACAAACUCGUAAUCGAUAUCUAUACACGUGUUAUCUCUUAGAAAUUAACCUAACCUCAACCUAGUAUUGCCCAGUAUAUAGUAGCUAUAUACAGUAUAAUCUCUACAUGCAAUUUUUUUCUGCUGUUUUUACCUGUCGUUAUUUGGGGAAAGAAAACUGCUUAUCAGUAACAUAUUUGCAUCAUCGUCGUCAUCAUUAUAAUUAUCUGUAUCAAGAUUUUGUAAAAUGGCUCAAAGUGCUGCUUUGUUGACACGUAUAAUAGCAUCUUCCGUGUCUGCCACUAUACAAGCCGGUAAAAUAAUUCGAGAUGUUUUGAAUACGGGCGGAUUAAACAUAGUGGAGAAGGGCAAGAAUGAUCUGCAAACAGAGGCAGAUCGUUGCGCUCAACGAUGCAUCAUAACUUCACUGAGUUGUCAGUUUCCAAAUAUAACAAUUAUCGGUGAGGAAGAGCCAUCCAGUUGCGAGGUGCCUUCUGAAUGGAUCAUCACGGAAGCUGAUCAAGAGGUGUUGCAACUGAAGCUACCAUCCCACCUGGAGGACGUUAAUCCCAAGGAUGUGUGCGUUUGGGUGGACCCUCUAGAUGGUACGGCAGAAUAUACGCAAGGACUGGUAGAGCAUGUCACAGUAUUGGUUGGUGUGGCGAUCGGCAAGACGGCGAUUGGAGGCGUAAUACAUCAACCAUAUUAUAGAAAUGACGAAAAUAGUACAUAUGUUGAAAAUGGUCGUACAUUGUGGGGUAUUGAUGGCGUGGGAUUUGGAGGUUUUGCGCCGAAACCACCUCCGGAGGGAAGGAGAAUAAUAACGACCACUCGUUCGCAUUCUGACAGCAUUGUCCAGAGCGCCAUAAAAUCCUUAAAUCCCGAUGAAGUCAUGCACGUAGGCGGUGCCGGGCACAAGAUAAUUCUCCUUUUGGAGGGAAAAGCUCACGCAUAUGUGUUUGCCAGUCGCGGAUGCAAGAGGUGGGAUACUUGCGCCCCCGAAGCCGUUCUUCACGCGAUCGGUGGUGUAUUAACCGAUCUUCACGGUGAACGCUAUUCGUAUAAUCGGGAAACAACAUAUGCAAACACCAGAGGCGUACUGGCCACUGCGCCUGGCCAGUUGCAUCAGUGGUACUUGAAUCGUAUACCUGAUGAAGUAAAGCAAAAAUUACAAUAGGUAAUAUCGCGGCGUGAAUCGAUAUGAUUUUAAACUAUUUAUUUUUGCCGGAUAUUUCGCCGGAUUCUUAUUUCAACGGUAUUUUGCAUUUUUGUGCAUCAAAAAUUUUAAUAAUUGUUAAUAAUCUCAUGGACGCGAGACGUAAACAUUCCGUAAUAAUUUUAUAUUCGUCGGUAUUCUGGUGUAAAGAAAAAAAAAAUACAAAAACAGCUUCAUCUUGAAAUAAUGUAAUUACAUAAUAAAAGAAAAAAAAUUUAGUUAAAGGAAAUUUUAUUUUGAUCAUGUCGCUCUUAUUUUGAUUACCAUCGAAAGAUGUGACAUUUUUUCUUACACUGUGGUUCAAAAUAAGUUUAAUGAAACUAAAAUCAUUAAAUUAAUAGAAUAGUAAUGCGCAAAAUUUUUUACAUAAUCAAGGGAUGUGUGGCAGAUGCAGCAUAUGCUUCAAAGAGGCAUAAGUAGUUUAGAUAACGCUCGAUAGAAUAUAUAUAUCUUUUCACGGUCAGCAUCUGACGUAGCAAUCAUUCC